UCUAAAUGGACAGAAAGAUAGCUAUUAUAUUCAUGAUCGGUUAUAAUUGUGUCUCGUGUCCCAAAAGUCAACACUUUCAAUAAUUUCCUUAAAGGGAGCUGAUGGUUAUUUGAUGUGAUAAGAUUUAUAUCUUCUCUAGAACGCUAUACGGUUGCAUUUAUCUUAUCAAGACGAUGGAUCAGGCUGCAGACAUUUAUUACGUAUUGUUUAACAACGGGACUGACAAUCAAAGGUAAUUAAUUACCCACUGGACAUUUAACUCACUGGGAUUAUUGGGAUAUCAACAGAAACAUAUCCGAAGUCAUAAUUUAAUUAUUUUGACUGAAAAAAUAUUAUUACACAGUGAAGUGCUAUAGGCUGUUGAUAAACUGAUACAUAUCACGAGGAUUGAAAGCUGUGCGAUACUACAAGUUGAACUCAUCAGAUUAUUAAGAUGUUUCCUAAUUUGAUAAGCCCGUCGCCUCUCUACCACACAUUUUUUCGGACGGCACAUUUAGCAGGACAGCCCAAUGCUACUGCUGCUUCAGCCUCGUUUCUUGUGGAGAACCUUUUAAGAGACAGAAGUCAUGCCCUGUUAUCAAGAAACGGUCCGGGGAGUACGGGAAUGGUUCCCCACCCUGGGACAGGACAGAGUCAGGACGAACACAUUGCACCCUCGUCAAUCGGUGGUCAAAACCCGACCCCGUAUCUUAAGUUCGGCGUGAACGCUAUACUUGGAUCCGGAAGUGAGCAGACGUCAAAAAUCAGUGAUAACACGCCAUUGACUCCAGGAAUGGGUAGCAGUAACCCCAGGUCUGCGUCCUCAACACCCCCUUCCACGUGCACGAAAAGCUCGGGGUAUGGCGGUCAACACUUUGGUUGUCAGGGAUGUUCCCUGCGCCACCCGUCCGUAUACGACAGUCAAUUCUCCGGCUUUCUCCGACAUCCCUACCUUACCGCUCCUCCACUCCUUCCGGUGCCCAACGCCUUUUCUUUUCUGACAAACAUGCGAGGGAAACCACGGAGAGGAAUGUUACGGAGAGCUGUGUUCUCAGACAUGCAGAGGAAGGGACUGGAGAAAAUGUUCCAGAAACAGAAGUAUAUCAGCAAACCCGACAGGAAAAAGUUAGCGGCAAAACUUGGACUUAAAGAUUCACAGGUGAAAAUAUGGUUUCAAAACAGACGAAUGAAAUGGAGGAACUCCAAGGAAAGAGAACUUUUGUCGUCCGGUGGAUCACGUGACUCGACACUUCCUACUAAGGACGAUGAGACAGACUCUCAGUUCGACCAACCGUCAAAAGACGACGACGACGAUGAACUAAUGAACGAGUCGUUGAAUACCGAUAAUAACAGUGCUUUGGACUUAUCAUCAGACAUUCCGAAGAGAGAGGACGGGAGCGAUGUGGUAGAUUCGUCUGACGACGACGAUGGUUUAAUAGACGUGUCAUAACGACUGGUGCGUGUUCCGUAUACAAUGUGACGACAAGUGUAACUGUAACUGCAUUGCAAUGAUGUCAGUUGUACCAUUUUAAUGGUGUCAGAUUUUAACAUUGUAACGAUGUCUGAUAUAACAUCGUCAUGAUGUCAGAUGUUACGUCGUAUUUAUUUCAGACGAAAUAUCGUUUGAUGUCAGAUGUUACAUCGUAUUUAUGUCAGACGAAAUAUCGUUUGAUGUCAGAUGUUACAUCGUCAUGAUGUCAUGAUCAGAUGUUACAGCAUAAUGAUGCCAGGUUUAACAUCGUCAUGAUAUCCGAUAUAACAUCGUUACACAUAUUGCUAGUCCGAUUAAUAUAUACCUGUAUGAUAAAUGUAUAAAGUAUUGAUGUAUCUAUUUGACUUCUUCAGGCAUACCGGUCGUAUAGCAAGAUCGCUGUAACGCAUUGGAUUUGAAAUAUGGAAAUAUAUCAUAAAUCAAGAUACGAAACUAGGAGAUAUUUAUGAUUUUGUAUAUAUUUAAAUAUCUAAUUAUGACACACACGUAUACUAUAUAUCAGAACAACGGACACAUUUGUCUUCACACUACAGUCAAAUCAACAUUAGACUUUUCCCCAUACCAUUCGUGUUACUUCUACCAUGGUGAGCUCCAUACACAACUCACGUUACAUAUUGCAAUAUCAUAAAACUUGGCUGAAUAGACAAAAGGUCACGCGUGAUAUAUAUAUCACGUAUUCCCUGGUAAUAUUAGUAUUAAUCGUACCUAAUCGCAUGAUACGUAUACCGGUGUUUGAUACUUACCAUUUACCAAGGCUGACACAAAUAUUCCGGAAAAAACGAUAUAUCGCAAUACAAAGACAUAUCGUAUCGUACAUGUAACGCAAUAUAGAAAUAAAAUUUUGCCAAACAGUAAUAUUUUUAAAAGUUGAAUUUUACGCAUGUGCAAGGUGUUUUUACUUUUCAAAAUAUUUCCCAUUCUAACAGAUAUGCCAAUAACCAUUAACAGGGUAUUGUGAUUGGAAUCUGAUGAAAUUUCAUAAUUUAUUGUUAGUAAAAUCUGUGUGAUCCAUUUGAUAUAUGUUUCAGUUUGAUAACAAUUGACAAAAACUUAUUUUCAAAUAGAGCACCAUUUUUCUCUGACAAUGUAUCGGGAUACGUAUCACAAUACAUUCCUACUGUAUUGCAAUAUAUCGUGAUAUACUCCUGGCGUAUUGUGACACCCCUACAACUAAAAUGUAUUUACAUUGUAUGUACCGGCACACCUUCAUUAAACAGUAAUAUAACUAUAAACAAAAUACAACAAGUCAUUUCAGUUUAAUUCAUAAUAUACCGGUGAAAGUAUCACCCAUUAAACGUAGAAAUUACAAAAUGUAAUAUACACAGUGAAAUAUAUUCAUAUAUAUUUUAAUUGUCUGCCAAAAAGCCAAACAUAACUCAUGUAAGGUCUGCAGCAUUACCUGAUAACAAGUAAUUUUAGAACAGCAAUUAUUUUGUUUAGAUUAAUAGUUCUAGUUCAUGUUUAAACCAGGUAUUUAUCAGUUUAAAUAUAUUUUCAUUUUUUUUCAUGAAUUGAAUAAAUCCACGUUCAUAUAUAUUAAUAUUGAUUUAGAAAUAAACACUUUUGUCGAUAAUUCUAAUUAAGCUGUAUGUAUACAUAUAUGCGUCACUGGGCAAAGAUCAAUAUCAUUAUUUGUGUUUUAUUGCUGUUAAUUCAAUUUAAUUGUGAUAUUUCUAUCACAACGAGCCAUCUGUUGCCAAUGUACUUUACGUUAUUUCAACGACUCUAUCAGGUUAUAAAAAUAAUUCAUCCUACUAUACAAAGCUAUGCGUCGUCCUAUUAAAAUAACACAGGCUGCUUCAGCAUCAGUGUGGGGCAAUUAAUCGAAAUAUGAAAUUAAUCUUUUUGGACAACACAAUAACAUCAUCAAUGAUAUAUGUAUUAAAUAUAAUAUUAUGUUGUAAUCCUUACCAUAUACAUAUUACCAUUAAAAACAAAAGGCUCCCUAGGAUGAAAUCUCUGCUCCGUAUAAACAUAUUCGUACUGGACAAGUGGAAAUUAAAUUGUCGCGAUGGUAGUAGUGAUCGCGUUUUUAUCGCGUUGGAAAAUUAUCUCGAAAAUAUUUUCACGAAUAUAUAUGUUGAUACUAUAUAGGUUAUAGAUAUAUAUAAAUAUCUAUAAAAUAUCUAUAUAGUCCGUUAUUCAUUUUCAUUCUGCGAGCUGUUUAGAGGGACAAACCGCGAAUAGUUCGCCAACGCGACAAUUUCCACUUUUGCAGUAUUUGAGAGAGAAUUAUAACAAAUCUUCAGAAAGUGCUGUUUAAAAAUUACAUAUAUGAUAGUUAAAAUUGUGAUUUAUUUAUAUGAUGCAUAUCUGGGGUUAUUCAUUUACGAGUUCAAUUUAUAGUAUAUAAUAAAUGGUUGUCUGUCAUGAUAUUUAUCAAACGAACGUUAGGUUAGUGGGCGAAUGUUAUUUUGCAGAAGAUUAUAGUUAGGAUUAGCUUGUCAGAAUAUUCCAUUACGUUUAUUUCUUACCAAUUUUUUGUCAUUACAUAAUGUAUAAGAAUUUGAUACGUAUGAAUAUUGAUGGUGCAUUAUGUCCAUGAACCUGAUAUCAGGUACUGUCCUUGUCCGGGCCAAAACGAUUCAUGAAGUCCUACUUAGGAAGGCAGAAAGCAUUUAACACAUACAUCAUCAUUGAUAUAAUUGAUUUUCCCCAGAACUACUUAUACAUGUAUGCUAUUUAUUUGCUGAAGAAUGAAAAUGUAAAGUAAACUAUUACAUUUCGUCGUUAUACAUGUUUUGUAUAUGUUAUUGUUCGAGCGUCGAGCCCCGAUUUAGUAAUCAGCAUUGUGACGUAAGAGAGACCAUUAAAUCCUUAUUA